AUGGGCCAAACAGACUCCAAGCUUGCUCAGUACCGAGAACAUGUAUUCAGGCUUGCCGAUUUGGUUCCAACACCGUUGUAUUCGCCGUCAGUAAGCUAUCAAGAGAUUAUUCGAUACUACAAUGAUCCCAAUUCGUGGUCGCGUAAAGACUUCCCAGACCCGUUUUCCGCGUAUUUCAAUGCAUUCGUGGUACCCACGGCUGAAGCCCGCGACAUUUACUCAAUGGUAUCGUCGCAAGAACUGCAAUUCAUCUGCGACUCUAACAUGACGAAUUUCACCAAUUUUGUGCGCUUUGUUGCGUUCAAAAUUCACGUCUUGUCUUGCCUGCUUCAAAAUUGCGAUUCUGCAGUGACUUUCAAAUUACGCGAAAGCCAGUUGCUUACGUGCACGCGGUUGUUGACGAAAGUGAUGCCAAUUUUUUUCGAAAUGGAUGUGGACCAAAAAGAGGAAGACUCCAUAUUCUGGAACCAAAACAGCUCCCGUGUCUUGCAGUGCGAUGGUCUGAUCUCGGAGGAAAACGCUCGACUCAACGUCAACCAUGUUUCUUUCGAGCCCCAGGAUGUGGUGCCCCUGGGCGUUCUGAUCGUACAGGCCUGCGUGAAACUACUGUUCAUCAAAGGUUUCACCGCUUCUCUCACAAGACAAGCACCCAAAGAGUUCGGCAAGACCUCUUUUCUUCUAUGGGAAAAUGGCAUAAAUACACCAGAGACAAAUUAUACCCAGCCCAAUCCAACCUUGGACGCGAAUCGACUAGAAAUUUUACGCCUCUUGCUGACGUUGUCAUCCAAACAGCUGUAUUCUCAAGCUAUACCCAAGUUCCUGGCUGUACUGACCACCUCGAUACCUGAAUUUCACAGUAUUUGCCUUACUUCUUCGCUGAUAAACCUUGCGUGCCGAUCUUGCCGCAGUAAUGAUGAUAACAACGGCCUGCAAUACCCAUCAAACUCUUAUCAUUCUUCCUCAAAAAGUAGCCAGCUGACGUCUAUGAGAAAGGCCCUGACCAUGACAGGGCUUCAAUUGCUCAAUAUAUCAAUGUUGUGCCCACUUGAUAGGGAGCACGAAAAUAAGACUCAAUUGUUUCUGUAUGGUCUCAACCUAUACUCGACCAAUUACAAAAUCAACAAUCUGGUUCUAACCUACCUGAGUACUUUGACAAGAGAGUUUGACCUCAAGUUCAUCUUGGUAAACUUGGCAACUCUUCUCAAGAGGCCGAUGGAACAAGCCAUCGAAAUGGAAUCCAAUCCCUUUUACUUAUUAGGUAAUUCCGCGGGCGGAUCUACUAAUGGAAAAAGGACCACUCAGGGCAGAGCUAGCAUCUCCAAAGGCAUCACACAAUCUCGCCCUUUGCCUCAUCUACCCCGAGUCACUUUGCAAGUCGUUAUUUUGUUGUGGGAACUCAUGAAGUGCAACAAGUCGUUCGAAAACUAUGUGGCCGACAAGUAUGCGAAUAAGUUGAUUGUGGUGUGCAUUUACUACAUCAAGAACUUUUCAGAAGCUUCUGAGCGGCAUCCGGAUUUCAUUCCGCUGAUCUCAGGCUUCGCAACGUACUUGUCCUCCAAAAAGUUGGUCUUAUCAAAGAUGCAGUAUUGUUUCAAUGUAAACUAUUACGCCAAUAAGAUUCCGGAUUCUUUCAAAAUUUCAGUGGGUGACGCCGGUCGACUUACCUUCAGAGACUUCGCUAUAAUGCACCUAUCUAAUAUGGCUGGCACGCAGGUGAAAAAUAACACUGUCCUAAAUGCAUCGUUAUUUGAAAUCAUUUUCAAUUUGCUAUGUGUUCCUGUUGAGAUCUUGGACGAGGAUCUUGUACAGCUUUCGUCCGACAAAACGGGCAAGACCACUGGGAUAGGAUAUAAUGCAUCUGUUGCAUUGUUGAGACUAGUGGCUAGAAUGACUACAAGAGAAUUUCUUAAAUCUUUUACAGAUGACGAUAGCGAUGCUAGUUCUGGAUCUUCUAAUGAAGAAUUAGAAAAUUCGGGGAACAAGAAAGUAACGAAAAGAGGCUAUGGGACAUCACCAGGAUUUAAAUUAGAUCUGCUUGCUCUAUUGAUUCAGGCGUUCAACAGCUGUGUGAUCAACCACUUCAAGGACAGCAAGCAUCUUCUAUUCGUAUUCUGCAGACAACAGAAUGUUAUAAAACAGCUUCAAAGUAAUCUGGCAGAGAUUUCUUCGGAACUCAAUUAUGAUUACAUGGAACAUACCAGAAAUGCAGGUAGGACGAUGGCCCUACACAUUGAUGACUAUUUUGAUGAUUCUCUACCAGGGGACAUUAGAUACAAUUGGCAAAAUGACAGACUUAACUCUGACCAUGACGACUAUGACUUGAUAGAAAAAGCUCAACUUCAAUCACUAAUGAUCUUUGAGCCGCAUCGACAAGAAGUGGAGGAAGUGGAACGUGCAGCCGAACGAGUGGCUCAAGGAUCACCUAAUAAGACAAUCGAGCUUUAUGAACAUGCAGAUAAUGAACAAGACAGUAUAAUGGAGUCAACGGCACUUUUGUUGGCUUUAAGACCUCAUAGACCUUUUGGACUGACAUUUCGGAGGAAACUUAAACUAAGAAAAGACGAGAGCCUCGUAAAUUCUUGGUUAGGCGCAGAACCUCUUUGUUUGAUGACAACUAUUAUUCGCGUGGUGACAAAAGAGUUCCCGACAAUUUUUGAAGUCUCCGGAGACAAGUACUUGCUGCAGUUGCGGUCGAUUCUCAAAUUUGAAGAUGUUUUGAAGCAACAAUUGCAAUUAAUGGUACCGACACAGGUGGAUCUACUUGGAAGCGAUUGUAAAACCUUAAAACUGAAUUGGACGUCAAAUAAUUUGGCAUCUUUAUGGUAUCGUUCCACAGUAUGGAAAGAUAUUUUCGACUUCAACAGCGUCCCUUUCAUUAGCACCUUCAGCAAAGAAGGUACCCAACAAGAUGCAGGGCCACAAUCCUACUCGCAAAAUCCCUCGCAGCCUCAGACGCCCAAACUGGAAAGGUGGAAUUCUCAAGGCUCAUCACUAUCCCGGACAAACAGUAAUAACAGCCUGAGCACCAAUUACCUAUUACAUCAAGAAUCAAACUCAAUGCCGAACAGCGCGCCCAAUAGCCCGGUUGUCGGCUCAGGAUUCUCUUCUUGGGUGAGUGGUAAAUCUCAUACAGGCAGUCAGACCAGCGAAAGAUCCUCCAUUUUCGGGUUUUCAUGGGCAGGAUUUCACAAGCCUCAGACAGCGAAGAUUGACGAAGAAUCAGAAAGCGAAAACAGUGACACGAGUAGUCCACAGGGUGGAUCUUUCGUGCUCGACCCCGGACUUUUAAAACCAAACGUUUGGGUCGGCACAAGAAUUUCAUUAUUCAAGGUAACAGUGGAUGAAAGAGAAAACUAUAGUCUGGUUGACAUGACAUCGAACUUUUUGCGGAAGCUGAGAUUUGGAGGAUCCUCGCAGGCAAGCGCUCCAGAAGGGAUAAUGGUGACUUCAGGUACACUGACCCCAGGGACUUCACGUCCUUGGACUCCACGGGGCUCUUUGACAGGCACGGCACUUCCUGCGGGCUCUAGAGCUACAAAAUAG